UGUGGGGCGCGGGGGGGGCCCGCAGCCGGGGACAGAGACCUGUCCCGCUCCCGCGCCGCCGCCCCGGCCGCCUGGCACCGCUUCCCCGGCCGCUCCUGGAUGCGGCCGCAGCCGCUCCCGCCCCGGCCGAGACCGGCCAAACUCGCUGCACCCCAGGACGGCUCCGUGGGGAUGCCCAGAUGCCCCUUCCAGCCCCGUCCCCGCCACCGGCGGCACCUCCCCGGCCACCGCGCUGCCACACCGGAGGCCAUGCGGCCCCCGCCGACCGCCGGCACCCGCGGGGUUUGGUGCCUGGUGCUGCUGGCGCUGGCGGGGGACGCGGCGUGGCUGCCGUGCCGCAUCGACGCCGACAAUGGGACGGGGCUGUGCAAGGGGCAGGACCUGCUGCGGGUGCCCGGCGGCCUCCCCAGCGCCCUGCGCAGCCUCGACCUCUCCUACAACAAGCUACGGGAGAUCACGGCAGACGACUUCGCCAGCAUGACCCAGCUACGGCACUUGGAUUUGGGCUACAACAACAUCUCCCACAUCGCGCCGGACGCCUUCCUCUCCAACCUCCGCUUGGAGCAUCUCCGGCUCUUCAACAACUCCCUCCACUGCAUCCCGGCGCCGGCGUUGCAACCGUUGGUCAACCUCCGUUGGCUGGACAUGUCCAACAACCUCUACCGCAGCGCGGCGUUGGAUGGCGUCUUCGGCAGGCUGCGGCACUUGCGGGAGCUGUCGCUGGGGGGCCCACUGCUGCGGGACAUCUCCUGGGGGGACUUCGCCGUCUUGAAGGACAUGGCGCUGCACAAGUUCGCCAUCAAGACGGCCUCCAGCCCAUGGCGGUACGAAGCCGGGGCUUUCUCGUGGCUGAACACCACGGAGAUGUGGUGCGACAUGGCCUUGGACGAGAGCGUGGCGGCUUUGCCGGUGAUGCUGCGGGACCUGCAGGGCAAACCCCUGGACUACCUGCGUUUCCGUAACCUCUUUGAGUUCACCUACUACACUGGCGAUGCCGAUCCCUUCGCUGGCUUGGCUGAGUUGGAGAUCACCAGGUUGGUCUUCUACCGGGGCAAGUUCAACGAGAACCUCCUCCGCUUGGCCCUGCUCAACGUCCAACGCUCCCACGUCCGCGACUUGGAGCUGGUGGCCAUCGACUUUGCCCGCUCGCCGCGGUGGAACAGCUCUGGCGUGGGGGCGGCUGCCCCGCGGCUCGACCGCCUCUUGCUGAAGGACAUCAGCAACCCUGACAUCCUGCGUUUUGACUGGACCUUCACCUGGUUGAGCGGCGUGGCCUCCCUCUCCAUCAUCAACGUCAACUUCAACUACGUCCCCUGCGACGCUUGGGGCGAGAUGCGCAACGUGGAGGCCUUGAACAUCUCCAGCAACCGUCUGGAAGAUGGUUAUAUCUACAACCAACGUUGCCAAUACCAGGGGGUCAUGCCCAAGCUGGAGAGCUUCGUCUUGGCCACCAACCAGCUCCUCAGCCUGGCCGUGGUGGCUGCCUUGACGCGGACGUGGCCCCGGCUCACCCGCCUCGACGCCAGCCACAAUCGCUUGGGCAGCCUGCAGGAGACGUGUCAAUGGGGCCCCACCUUGCGUUGGCUGGCCCUGCAACACAACCAGGUGACGGCGGGCACCUUCGGGUGCCUGCCUACCACCCUCGAGUACCUGGACCUCUCCUACUCCCAGCUCGACCGCUUGGACAUGGACUACUUCACCCAAAGCCCCCGGCUGCGGGAGCUGCGGUUGAGCGGCAACAAGAUCAAGUUCAUCCCCUCCGAGUGGAGUUGCCCCCGUUUGGAGGUGCUGGCCAUCGACGGCAACUCCUUCGGUGUCAUCAACCGUGGGUCCUUCGUCAACAUGCCGCGGCUCGUUAGCCUGGCGGCCGGCAACAACCCCUACCACUGCACCUGCGACCUCUACCUCUUCUUGGAGGAGACUCGGCAACGGGAACGACCCACCUUGAUCGACUGGCCCCACAACUGGACCUGCUACCACCCCGAGCCGCUGCUGGACACGGCCGUGGCCGCUUACACCCCACACCCCUUGGAAUGCGACGUGCUGGCGCUGGUGGCCGUGGCGGUGGCCAGCACGACGGUGGCAGUGGUGGCGUGCGCCGUGCUCUGCUGGAAGCUGGACGCCGGUUGGUACCUGCGAGCCACGUACCGGCUGGUGCGCGCCAAGUACGGCAGGCGGCGGGCCGGCGCCACGCGGCGAUGCUCUUACCACGCCUUCAUCUCCUACAGCUGCGCCGACGCCGGCUGGGUUCGCCAAGAGCUUCUGUGCCGGCUGGAGAGCACCACGCCGCCUUACCGGCUCUGCAUCCACGAGCGGGACUUCACGCCGGGCCGUUGGAUCAUCGAUAACAUCGUGGAGAACAUCGAGAGGAGCGCCAAGGUCAUCUUCGUCCUCUCCCGCAGCUUCGUCGACAGCGAGUGGUGCAACUACGAGCUCUACUUCGCCCACCAGCGCGCCGUGGGGCUGGGCAGCGAGGACGUCAUCUUGGUGGUGAAGGAACCCAUCGAUGCUCGGGGUUUGCCCCGGCGUUUCGCCCGGCUCCGGAAGAUGUUGGGCACCAAGACCUACCUGGAAUGGCCCAGCGAGCCCGGGAGACGCCCCUUCUUCUGGCUCCAGCUUCGGAGCCUCUUGGGCAGCCCCGGGGGUCUCGGUCCGGCCGCCGGCCAGGAGGAGACGGCCGUGGACGCCACCACGUAGCGGCCGCCUCUGUGGCCCCACGUCCUUCAGUAGCUGGCAGGUGGUUCUGGGGUGCCACCACGCGCUGGGCAUCCCAGCUGUCUCAGUUUCCCCUGCUGGGGAUGGCUCAAGGAGCGGGUGGGGUGGGGAGGGGUCCUCGCCAAGGUCACCCCAUCCUCUCGGCCUCCUCCAAGGGACAGGAGAGGGGGACAGUGUCCAGGAGGUGGCAGUGUCACCCGGAGGACGUGGCGCCCCUAAAUCCACCGAGAGCCGAGGAUGGCAGCGGGGGGACCCCAAAACCCCCCAUCCCAACACCCCCAGCCUUAAAUCGAGGUCCCCAGGGAGAAAUGCUGGGUGUCCCGGCCGCGGGGCCCAAUCCUUCCGGGGUGGGGGGGGACACACAGGACACGCUUCCCACCCCACGCAGGGAGCGCUUGGCCGGGAAAAGGGGACAAUCCCCUUCGGCGGCACCCCGAGCGCCCCGGGGCACCCCCAGGUCCCGCAGCCGCCUGCCCCCUCCUUCCCUCUUUUUUUUUUUCUUCCAUGUUUUUCUUCACUUUGCCUUUUUUUCCUAACUCCGUCCCCCCCGCAAAAGAAAAAAAAACACCACUCUGGCUGUUUAUUUAUAGCAGCCAAUUGAAGAUGAAGGAGGAGGAAAAAAAAAUAUUAAAAAAAAAGAGGAAAAAAAAAA